AGGUCCCUGCCACCCCCAUUUUCCAGAUGACGCGACUGAGGCCCAACCAGCUUUGUAGGGAGGCGGAGUCUCCCCAGGGUCUCUCCCAAGCUGUCCUAGGGGAGGGGGCUCUGGGAGCCACGUGGCCCCUCCCUGCCUCUCGCUUCAUCUCCCGACAAGCUCCAGAGGGGCGGGGAGAGAGCGCUGGAGGAGGAGGAACUCCGGCAGCUCUGCAGAGGGGCCAGGAGCUCCGGUGUUUGGUACCCCCCAGCCCCAACGCUGUUGCUGCUGCUGCAUUGGGGACACAGGCCUGGCUGUGGCUGCUCUCUUCCUCCUCUUCUGCUGCUGCUGCUGCUGCUGCUGCUGCUGCUCCCACUGCCGCUACUGCUGUUGCUGGGUAUUUACCGCCAGCCCCUCGGGGUGUGGUUUCCCCAGACCUGCCUCUAACGGUGGGACCCAGCCUUCUCGUGGUCUCCCCUACCAGCUUCCAGCAAGGUUCAGCAGCCCCCUCUCCUGGAAGACACACCCAACUUUCUUCCAAUACCCCGCCCCCUAUCCAACCUAUUUUGAGGGAAUCCCCUCCUUCUUAGCAUAAUCUUUUGAGAGUUCCUUGUGUGCUCCGGUGGCUGUACCCAGCUUCAGUCUAGUUGAGUAUCAGUCCUUUGGGAUUUUCCAGACACCCCCCCAUUUCCUUACCCAGAGCUCUUCAGAUACGAACCAGGCUUCCUAAACCCCUCCAGGUAACCUCUCUGCUGGAUAUCUCCCAGCCUUUUAAAAAAUAAGCCGGUCCCAUAUACCACUUUCGCUACCCCCUUUCUCAAUUGUCAUCAGAGGGUCCUCACCCUCCUACCUUCCCCAGAACUGUAGAUUGUAGACAACAUCCUCAGGCUAUUCUUGGCAGGGCUAGUCACUCCUGAGACACUUUUUUAGCAUCUUUACAACCUCCUGGCUCUAUAGCCACCCUUGAGAUGUUUCAGUCCCCUUUCCUGAUCUGCAAUGGGGCUCCAACCCAUGUAUGCUUCCCCAUAAAUCUUCUGGGUGUGGACCACCCUUCAGCCUCUUUCAAACACCUCUGGUUCCAUCUCCAACUCUCUGAAUACCCCGAUCUGUCUCCUUGUCAACUCAAGUGAGGGAUUACAGGCCCUCCUUUAUUGAACACCCUCAAACAUCUCUCAGGAAUGUGUUGACCCCUAUAUAAUCAUCUAUGUCUUUAUAGAUCUGAGGACCCUUCUUGGUUCUUAGUCCCCUAGACGCCCCCAUACCCCACAAGCUCCUCUUCCUCCCAGUUCCUCUUGCGCUCUCUCUCUCUCUCCACACACACACACACACACACACACACACACACACACACACACACACACACACACCGGUUUCCUUGUCUGGGUAGCCCAGGGUUUCUCCAAGCCUUCACCAUCCUGGAGAUAGUCACAUUUUCCUAAACAUCAUAUACCCAAGUCUCCGUGGGCCUUGGGAGCUGCAGGAUGGCGGCAGGUGUGGCCACAUGGCUACCAUUUGCAAGGGCUGCAGCAGUGGGUUGGCUACCCUUAGCCCAGCAGCCCUUGCCCCCUGCACCGGAGGUGAAGGCAUCUCGAGGGGAUGAGGUUCUGGUGGUGAAUGUGAGUGGUCGGCGCUUUGAGACCUGGAAAAACACGCUGGAUCGCUACCCAGACACAUUGCUGGGCAGCUCGGAGAAGGAAUUCUUCUAUGAUGCCGAAUCAGGCGAGUACUUCUUUGAUCGUGACCCAGACAUGUUCCGGCACGUGCUGAACUUCUAUCGCACAGGCCGGCUGCACUGUCCCAGGCAGGAGUGCAUCCAGGCCUUUGACGAGGAGCUGGCUUUCUAUGGCUUGGUACCAGAACUUGUGGGCGACUGCUGUCUUGAAGAGUACAGGGACCGCAAGAAGGAGAACGCAGAGCGCCUGGCAGAAGACGAGGAGGCCGAGCAGGCCGGGGAAAGUCCAGCCCUUCCAGCCGGCAGCUCCCUGCGACAGCGACUCUGGAGGGCCUUCGAAAACCCACACACGAGCACUGCAGCCCUCGUUUUCUACUAUGUGACUGGCUUUUUCAUAGCUGUGUCAGUCAUCGCCAAUGUAGUGGAGACCAUCCCUUGCCGUAGCUCUGCACGGCGACCCACGAGAGAGCAGCCCUGUGGUGACCGCUUCCCAAUGGCCUUUUUCUGUAUGGACACAGCCUGUGUACUCAUAUUCACCGGGGAAUACCUUCUGCGGCUCUUUGCAGCCCCCAGCCGUUGUCGCUUCCUGCGCAGCGUGAUGAGCCUCAUUGAUGUGGUGGCCAUCCUGCCCUACUACAUUGGGCUUUUUGUGCCCAAGAAUGAUGAUGUCUCUGGUGCCUUUGUCACCCUACGUGUGUUCCGGGUCUUCAGGAUCUUCAAGUUCUCCAGACACUCCCAGGGCUUGCGGAUUCUGGGCUACACCCUCAAGAGCUGUGCCUCUGAGCUGGGCUUUCUCCUCUUUUCCCUCACCAUGGCCAUCAUCAUCUUUGCCACUGUCAUGUUCUAUGCUGAGAAGGGCACCAGCAAGACCAACUUUACAAGCAUCCCUGCUGCCUUCUGGUAUACCAUUGUCACCAUGACCACACUUGGGUAUGGAGACAUGGUGCCUAGCACCAUCGCUGGCAAAAUUUUCGGGUCCAUUUGCUCACUUAGCGGUGUCUUGGUUAUUGCCUUGCCUGUGCCGGUCAUUGUGUCCAACUUUAGCCGCAUCUACCACCAGAACCAGCGUGCUGACAAGCGCCGAGCACAGCAGAAGGUGCGCCUGGCAAGAAUCCGGUUGGCAAAGAGUGGCACCACCAACGCCUUCCUGCAGUAUAAGCAAAAUGGGGGCCUCGAGGACAGCAGCAGUGCGGAGGGACAGGCACUGUGUCUUAGGAGCCGUUCUGCUUUUGAGCAGCAGCACCACCAUUUGCUUCACUGUCUAGAGAAGACUACGUGCCAUGAGUUCACGGAUGAGCUAACCUUCAGUGAGGCCCUUGGAGCCGUGUCACUGGGUGGUCGCAGCAGCCGUAGUACCUCAGUGUCUUCCCAGCCAAUGGGGCCUGGCAGUCUCUUAUCGUCUUGCUGCCCUAGAAGGGCCAAGCGCCGAGCUAUCCGCCUUGCCAACUCCACUGCUUCUGUCAGCCGCGGCAGCAUGCAGGAGCUAGACACGCUAGCAGGGCUUCGGAGGAGCCCUGCCCCUCAGAGCCGCUCAAGCCUCAAUGCCAAGCCUCAUGACAGCCUUGACCUGAACUGUGACAGCCGGGACUUCGUGGCUGCCAUCAUCAGUAUCCCCACUCCUCCUGCCAACACACCAGAUGAGAGUCAGCCACCCUCUCCCGGCGGUGGUGGCAGUAGUGCUAGAAGUACCGCCACCCUCAGGAACUCCAGCUUGGGUACCCCGUGCCUCCUUCCUGAGACUGUGAAGAUCUCUUCCCUGUGAGGGAUGGGUCUGCCCAUUCAGAGGACCUUCUCUACUCUUGGGAACUCCUUUCCAAAGCCAUAUUUGGGAGAGGCAAAGAGGGGCAGACUGGGGACCCCUUAUGCUCUCUGCCAAGACCUAUGCAAUGGAGUUUCAUGGAAUGACCCAUCUGGUGGGGAAGUAGCUAGGGAAUGGGAAACUUGCCUCAGUCCAGGGCAGAUUUCCUAAUGGGAGCUGAAGCACUGGAACUCCAUAGGCCCCUGGCCUCCUCGCUCCAGCAUGCUAGGACUGGCCUCUCUCUGCUAGCUGGCCUCUUGCAUGCUUCUCCCUUGGGCCCUCAGAGGCGGGUUAGAGCUUUAUGUAGUCUGACAUUUGAGGUCUGGCAUGACAAGAAGAGUUGAGAGUUCCUCUUCUCUUUGGUUGUGCUGUGCAAGUUUGAGGGUUCAGAAAAGAGAACCCUCACCUCUAAUUUAGCCUCUAGGGGGUGAAGUCUUUGCCCUUCACCAAGCCCAGCAAUUCCCAGAUUUGGAAGCUUGGAAUGCAACCGUGGGCUGGCUUAACGGGCUGUGGCCUCUGUAGUGACCCGCUAGCCCCAAGCUUUGGCUGAGGGGUCAGGCUGCUUCUCCUAACACAGAGAUAGCACAAACACUACUGCCCCCUUCCCUGGCUGCUGGGAAUGAGUUCCUGCCACCUGUCCUCUACUGGGCCUCCAGCAAACUCUAGCGAUAGCAGCUGCCGCCAUAACAAUAUGCAAAGCCUCAGCCCAACUUGCUGCAGCAUAUACAUCUGCCCUGAUCAGAGGGGCCACAUCUAAUUACUCUCUUCUCUGGUGUUUUUCUUCUUGGGUUGGUCUGGAGUCUGGACUGCUGAGAUAAGAAACUGGCACCCAGCUAGAGCUGGGCUGGGUUUUGACAUCAUGGGCUGAUUCUGUAGUCUUGGGCAGGAGUCCAGAAGUGUUUAGGCAGAGGUCUGCUGGGUUGUUCCUGAAUCCUGGGAGGGACAGAAGAGACUUCUCGAUUGCCCCCUUCUCCUCUGUAAUUUCCACAUAGUCUUCUCCUCUCUCUUGGGUCACCUUCUGGAUCUAUGCUCUCAGACUGAAAUUUCACAUCAUCUCAGGUUCCCUGUCUCCCAGCUCUGUCCCUCUGAAGCUGGCAGCUGACAAAGAUGAAGUUUUCAUCAGUCAAUAAAACUUAAGAGGAGAGAUGUGGACCCAGCA